UGUGGGAAACCUGUACAAACGCUGAGUGUGGUUUAACUGGGUUGACCCCAGCCAGGUCUGGGAGGUGGGAACACGCGGCAUGAGGGUGUUUCAAAGCCGCUCCCAGGCUUGCAGGGCCGACACCCUCAUUGCUCAAAACAGCACCCAGGUGGGUUCAAUUUGUUGUGGGGGAUGGUCCCCUGACACCAACAGGGACAGUAGGCCUUGUGGGGGCCGCCCCAGGGGUGUGACAUCACAAUGCAGUCCAUUCAGGAUCUUGGGGCUGACUUGCCCCUGGGUCUAGGAUAUAAACUGAGCCCCUUGUCCUGGCCUGCAGUGACCAACGGGGACAGGCAACUGAGACAAAGUGACCUUCCCGGCUGACCUUCUCAUCACUCUUGAAGAUGGACCACAUGUCUCCCAGGCUGAGAGCCUUCCUCUCUGAACCCAUAGGAGAAAAAGAUGUCGCCUGGAUAGCCGGGAUCAGCCGUGAGCUUGCAAUCAAUUUGGUCACCAAAGGUUUCAACAAGGCCUACAUCCUGUUGGGACAGUUCCUUCUGAUGCACAAGAACGAAGCCGAGUUUCAGAAGUGGCUCAUUUGCUGCUGUGGGGCCACCGAGUGUGAGGCCCAGGAGAGCUCCAACUGUCUGAAAGAGUGGUGUUCCUGCUUCCUGUAGAUCCCCUCCCAGCGCAGCCUCCAGGGUAAAUGACGCCUCUG